AUGGAAAAUUCUGAUAGCAGAAGCAUUUCUGAGCUUGAAUCAGAGCAACAAACCUCAACAGAAGGGGUGGUAUCACUUACUAAGAACUUGGAGUUCGAUAGAGAAAUAUUCACUGAAUUUGCAGUUCUGCUUGACAAGUUCACACCGAUUUUCGUAGCAAUAAAGGAUAAUGAGAAACUCAUGGACACCCCACCAGUUCAAAAGGCAGUUGAAUCCAUAGAAAAAGAGCUUAGUCGCGCUAAGGACUUAAUUGAAGGAACUUGUUCCAGAUCAUCCAUUAAGCAAAUUGAGGUUCUUACUCAAGAACUUGGGAGAUCAUUAGGCCUUGUGCUUUUCGCAAGUAUUGAUGCAUCCACAGAAGUCAAACAAAAUAUUGCAGCAUUGCACCAAGAAUUGAUGAAUGUGAAGUUUGAUAUCAGUUUUACUCCAAGUCCAAGUCUCAGCCCUAGUCCUUGUGCAAAUCAUGGCCCGAGACCAAGCAAAGAAUCAGGGUUUGUUAGUGAGCAGGUUACUUUUAUUAAUGAAAUUGAGGAGGAAAAGAUUAGUCUUAGCAUCGAUGAUGUUGUGCUACAACUCAAGUAUGGCAAUGACGAAGAAUUUAGGCUUGCACUUUUGGUCUUGAGUGAUUUAAUUAGGGAUCAAGUAAUUGAUAAAAAGUGGAUUAAUGAUGAAGAUAUUAUUCCAAUUCUGUUUAAUCGGCUAGGCUCCGGCAAGCCUCACAACAGGUUAACUAUCAUCCAGAUACUGAGAAUUCUUGCUUUGGAGAAUGCCGAAAACAAGGAGAAAAUGACAGAUGCGGUCUGUUUGUCAGUUUUGGUGAAAUCUUUGACGCGCGACGCAGAAGAAGGGAGGGAAGCUGUAGGACUGCUGUCGGAGCUCUCGGAUAUUUCUGCCGUUAGGCGACGGAUUGGAAGAAUUCAAGGAAGCAUAGUUAUGUUAGUCACCAUGCUUAACGGGGAUGAUCCAACUGCUUCACGUGAUGCCGCGAAGUUGUUGAUUGCACUGUCAAGCAAUACUCAAAAUGUGCUUCAUAUGGCUGAGGCUGGUUACUUUAAACCUCUAGUUCAUUGCCUGAAGGAAGGUAACAUUAAAGCGUCCUUUCACUUAAUUCAUGUUCUGUAG